AUGAAAAGACAAAGUAAAAUUAGUCAUUUGCAAUUAAAUAAUAUUUGUUAUAAACUUUUAAACUUAUCUUACAGAUUUCUACGAAUCAAUAAAAAUAUUUUGAAAUGGAAGCCACCAACAAAUGAAUUUGAACCUGUGGAAUAUUUCGAUACAGCCAAGGCAUGGGAUGCUUUGCUCUCACUGCCCAGUUGUCAGGAAAUAAUGAUACAGGAAUCGAAUCAACGCCGCCUACACAUGGUUGUAGGUGAAAAUGUUACCCAGGAAUUCCCUUGGAAACAAAUACCAUUCAAAAAUUUACGUGACAACCUUUUCGAUGAUUUACCAAAUGGUCAAAUGUAUUACAAUGCCUUUCAGGGUUAUGAUGUUGAUAGCCAUGUGCUGUUGGGUUAUGUACCGCUGUUGACACAGGACUUGGAUGAUCCACCACCUGGUGAUCCCUUUGUCAUGUACAUUGAUCCGGCAGAUGCAAAAUUAGCUUUAACCAUAAUACAUAAUUUGGAGACGUAUGAACGUUUGAUGAUCAGUAAACGUUUACAGAAAAUGCCCCGAGCUUGGGUGUCACUGGGUAGUGAGGAUGAAGUUAAUUUAACCAUAUCACAACGUUAUCAUGAAGCUGUCGACGUUGAAAUACAAAGUGUCUAUCCGUUAAAUAUUCCAGCGGAAAAGAAAUUCUCAUUUCGUUUCAGUCGCGAUGUUCGAGAUGGUUAUGUGGAGCUAGUGCCAUCGGAUAGUGCACGUUUCGAUAAUGUAGCUCGUCGUCGAAUUACCGUGGGUAUACAAUCGGCAAUGCCACGCAUAGAUAUAGAGCAACAAACCGAUCCAACGUUUCCCACAAAUGCAUGGGCCCAAUAUUUUUAUGAAAUUAAUGAGGAUGAGGAUUGUCUUGACCCCUUAACCGAGGAUGAGGAUGACAAAAGUAAACCCCCCAGCAGAGCUGUAACACCGGAACCUCCCAAACCACCUAAACCGCCACCAGAAGUAUCGGACAGAAUUCAUUUUCUUUUGAAAACUUUGGAGUUCAAUCAAAUUGAUAUAUAUAGAAACGAUUAUCCUCUGAUUUCCAACGCCUCUAUUAUGCACCAUUCCACACCGAGUCUGGAAGAAACUCUAUGCUUUGCCAAUAUAUCAAAAAGUCAACAAAGAUUUGUAUGUGGUUAUGAUUGGUAUCCGACAAUAGCUGGUCUGAUAGUGACCUCAUACACUUUUAGUACAGCGGCUACAGUGGAAUCAAUUAAUACAAAAACGGAUACAAUACAGCGAUCGGUACUGCAACCGAAUCCCAUACUUAUGUGGAGUUUUGAUGAUAAUCUAAAUUAUAAAUUAGAAUUCGAAUCGCCGUUGGAAAUAACCUCGCUUUCCUUUUGUCCCUAUGAUGCGAAUAUUUUAAUUGGUGGUGCUAGUAAUGGUCAGGUUAUUUUAUGGGAUUUACAAAAUCGUGCCGAACGUUUAGAUUAUACCGAAAUGUUAUCCUCUUCGCAAGUUCGGUAUCGUGUCCUAAUGAAUGAAUUUCUCAAAUGGACUAUUCAGAUCAAUGAGGAUAUGAUAAUAUUUCCUGCUACCAUAUCACAGUUGGAUAAAUCACAAAAAGGACCCAUAACUGUUAUACAAUGGUUGGGAAAACGUUGUUCGGUUAAUACGUUUGGAAAAUUAAGUUGUGAAGAAAAUUCGAAGGCAAAUCAUCGUUAUUUCUUGACAUGUUCACUGGAUGGAACGGUGGCCUUUUGGAAUUUAGAUUCACAAAUGGGUAAACGAGUUGCAUCCUCUCAGCGUAGAGAUUUGCCCAAGGCAUUGGCGCAAAGUGAAUCCAGCUACAAGGGCAAGGUAUUGGUGCCGAUAUUUUCAGUGGUUUUUAACGAACCAUUGACGGCAUUUGUGGCCGAUACACCAAGUUUUAAAUGUUCGCGGAAGGACGUCUCUAAAGGAGGGGAUACUACUCUUUACAAUUAUCAAGUGCAAUUAAUAUCAAAGGACCCUUCGGAAGUUCGGCAAACAUUUAUAGUUUCAUCAUUUUAUGGGCGGAUUGAACGAAUUUCUUGGUUGGGUAUGUAUGCCGACACCGAGGGCAAAGAAGUCGUCAAUACAUCGGAACAUUUUGCCCGUGUGCAUGAUGGACCAAUUAUUUCAAUGAAGCGGAAUCCAUUCUUUCCCUGGCUUUUUGUUUCCAUUGGCCGUAACGUGUUUGCUGUAUGGAAGGAAGAUUAUAAUUAUUCACCAAUAUUUUGGAGAAGAUGUCAAAAUGAUUUAACGGCCGUUACAUGGAGUGAAUCGCGACCCUCAGUAUUAUUUUUGACCAGAAUCGAUGGUAGUUUGGAAGCGUGGGAUAUUUUGGCCCGUGAUGAUGAUGCCUGUUUAAAUGAUGUCAUCGGUGGUGGUAUUGUUACCCAAAUCUGUGAGCAUAAACCUGUGGAGCCUAAUAAACUCUUGGGUAUUGGCGAUUACAAUAGUAGCCUGCGCAUGGUGAAAUUGCCACGAAGUUUUUAUCGUUACACUGCCCAGGAAUUGGAGGAUAUGAAAUCAUAUAUUCUCAAUGAAGAAUCCCGAAAGAAGUCCAUACAAUUGUGGGAGCAACAAUACUAUGAACGUAAUAAAGAAGUCAUUGAGGCGAAACGUCAAGCUGAACGUGAUGCUCACAAGGAAAUGGAACGUCAGGAGAAGGAAAGAGUUUUACAGGCGGUGAGAAAAGCCAAGGAGGAGGAAGAGGCAAAACGGAAUGCUGCCCCGCCAAUCCAUUUAACAUAUACCGAACGAAUGCGACGACAAUGGUAUGAAUUGAAUCUUAAUCGGCUACUAAAUAUUCUCAUGACCCGCAAGCGAGUCAAUGAAAAACAACUUCGGCAGGAUACAAUUUUGGAAAAAGAACGGCUGGCGUACGAGGCAGCUAAAAAGGAAUCAUUAACCGAAGUUUUGUCACGCAUCGGCGAUGAAAUUGCUGCUGUUCGUCAGCGUAUCUUCCCUCAAGAGAUACCCGAUUUACAACGUAGUGAUAUGAUAAAAACCUCGGUGGAUACCAUAUUGCAACAAGUCGAGACGUAUGAAGAAAUUGAAGAAGAAAUCAAUCGUAUCAUGGAAGAAGUUGAUGAUUUUCAACAAAUGGAUUAUGCUGAAUUUUUGCAUCGUGGCAAUGAACGUCGUAAAAAUAUUAGUAAAUCUCUGGGUGGUAAUACACAACGUUUCUAUUGGUAUGAUACGAUGCGGGAAGAAGCUCAGCUGACAGAAUGUAAUUGGGGUUUUGAAAUGUAUGCCGAUCUGUUGCAAACUAUGGAUAUUGGUUCCCGGCCGCCGUCGGAUAUUAAUUUAAUGAUGAGUAAAGCGGUGUCGUCAGCUGAGGAGCUGGAGGCGGAGGCUGACGUUGAGGAGGAGGAUUAA